AUGCUCCUUCUUCCAUUGAGGAUGACGCGCAUGCUGGGUUCUGAUGAUGUCAUGAACGACAUCUUGGAUAAGUUGAAAGGCCCUUCUUCACAAGGGAACGAAAGUGUCAUGAACGACAUCAUGGAUAAGCUGACCAGUCAGCAAUCUAGUCGUUGGAUCAUCGCGAUUGCCGGCAUGGGUGGCAUUGGUAAGACUACUCUUGCUAAAAGUAUUUAUGAAAAUCCACUUAUUGUGGAAUACUUUGAUAUUCGCGGAUGGGCUACAGUAUCUCAAAAAUUUGAUUCGAAAAGGAUUUUGCUACAAGUCCUAGACUGUUUGAUAAACAAAGGGAGUGAGGACAGCGAAUAUGAAGAAUUGGGACAAAAAUUGUAUCAGAGCUUAUACGGCCGACGAUAUCUGAUUGUGAUGGAUGACAUUCUGGGUACGGACUCUUGGGACAGGGUGAAGUCCUUCUUUCCAGAUAAUAACAACGGGAGCAAAGUACUAAUAACCACUAGGCCAUCGAAACUGGCUUUGCAAAUUGAUGGCCCAGACUACUUUCAAAUGCCUUUUCUGAAGCUGGACGAAAGUUGGAAUCUGCUGCGUAGGUGUGUGUUUCAAGAUCAAGGGUGCCCUCCGGAAUUGGAAGAGAUUGGGAAGGAGAUUGCCGGAAAAUGCGGAGGCCUUCCAUUGUCGAUUGUCGUGAUUGGAGGACUUCUAGCAAAAUCUAAACAAUCACGGAAAAACUGGCAGCAUGUUUCAGAAAAUUUAAGCUCGAUCGUGAAUUUAGAGGAUGACGAGCGUUGCUUUAGAAUACUAAAGUUGAGCUACAAUCAACUGCCGGUCCACCUAAAGCCGUGUUUUCUCUACAUGGCCAUGUACCCGGAGGACGACGAAACUCACGUCCCCACGCUCAUCAAUCUGUGGAUCGAUGAAGGAUUUGUGAAACCGGUGGUCGGUAAAAGCUUGGAAACAACUGCUCGAGUAGUGUACCUACAUGAUCUCAUCAUUAGAAACCUAAUCUUGGUUCGUAAGUGGGGCCCUACUGGAAGAAUAAAACGGUGCGGCAUCCCCGAUCUCCUGAGAGACCUAUGCAUAAAAGAAGCUGAGAAAUACAAUUUCUUUCGCACGACGGAAACAACACCAACACACAACAACACUGAGCAUCACGACCAAAUUAGCUGGCGCGCCCAACGCCUUCCCUUUAGAUUGUUGAGGAUUCUGAAUGGAUACAAUAGAUCUUCAUCUGUUGAACAGGCGGGCAAAGUUCGGCUCGAAGAACAUUUUCAUCUUGACAACUUGCGCCACCUGUUCAUCAGAGCUAAACUGCCGAAGCUUGAAUUUCCUCCGGAAUUUUACCUACUCUGGAAUUUACGGACGUUAAUAUUUGAUAAGUACUCAAGCUACGAUAAUCAGCCGGUGUUGGACAUCUGGCGGAUGCCCCAACUGAGGCAGGUCAAGGUACUCGAUCUCCUUCUCACGGAUCCUCCUCCUCCUCCUCCAAUGGUGUUGGAGAAUCUGGAGACUCUCCAGAACGUACAUAACUUGAGGUUAUGUGAGGAAGUGGUUGAGAGAAUCCCCAAUAUCAAGAAGCUGGGACUUUGUUACCAAAAGGAAGAGGAGGAAUUAUCACCUGGUGAUUAUUGUCUAGAAAAUCUCUGCCAACUACAUAAGCUGGAGGCCCUUACACUUAGUUUGAGGAUAAGUGAGAAGCUGACUUUGGAAGGCACGAGGCUCGGGUGGGAGGAGAUGGGGACAACGAUAGGGUCAUUGCCAUAUCUCGAGGCCCUCAAGCUAUAUUAUUAUGCGUUCGUGGGGCUCGUGUGGGAAACAGUCGAGGGCGGAUUCCCGAGCCUCAAGUACUUGGAAAUCGUUUGGUUCUCUGAUCUUGAACAGUGGAGGGCGGAGGCCACGCACUUCCCGCGUCUCGAGCGGCUCGACCUAGUGUUUCUAGACAAGCUGAAGGAGAUUCCAUAG